AUGAAUUAAAAAUUAGACAUCUUAAAAUAAUUCAAAAUUCCUCGUUCUAUAAGUACAACGAAUUAGAAAGCUACAUUGAAGAAAUUAAACAAUUAAUCAAUGUAAACAAUUGUUGAUAAAUUGCCUCCAAUUCAUCCUUAACCUUUACAACGUAUACAGACAGAAUAAUAAGAUGAAUAGUAAUGUGUCAAAUACGUAACUGCCAAGUUUGAUUAAUUAUCAAAUAUUAUAGAACUUUAGCAGGGUAAACAAAUAGAAAGAGAUUGAAGAUAAAUUAAGAUAGUUUAAUAGUAAAAAAGUACUUAUGUAAUUAAAUUGAUUGGCAUUUGUUUGGAGUGUUUGAUGGUCAUGGAUAAAAUGGACAUUUUGUUUCAAGAUUAAUAUCAUAAUAGAUACCUAAAAUAUUAGAAAAUAAAUUACUUGAAAAUAGAACCAGCAAUGCUAAUGAUAUAAAAUAAAUUUUAAUAAAUACUUAUUAACAAAUCGAAAAUGAUUUAGUAAAAAUAUAAUUUAAUUUAGGUAGAUAAUUCAAAUAUUGCAUGUAAUUUUAGUGGAUCAACAGCAAUUAUAACAUAUUUGAUGGGUUAAAAAAUAUAUUGUGCAAAUGUAGGUGAUUCUAGAGCAGUGUUCUUUUAUAGAUCAGGUGAUUCAUGGUUUAAUAGAGCAUUAUCAUUUGAUCAUAAACCUAAUAAAUCUAUAGAAUUAAAGAGAAUUUUAAGUUAAGGAGGAAGAGUGGAAUAAAGUUUUUUUGAUGGUAAAAGAUAAGGUGCAUAUAGAGUUUGGUUGCCACAUGAUGAUGUACCAGGAUUAGCAAUGUCAAGAUCAAUUGGUGAUUUAGUAGCAAAACAAGUAGGAGUAAUAGCAGAACCUGAAAUAUUAAGAUAUAAAAUACCAAAUAAUGGCUUUAUUUUGAUUGGAAGUGAUGGUUUAUGGGACAAAAUGGAUUAUGAAAGUAUUUAAAAGAUACUUCAUAAUUAUUAUCCUCCAUUAAAUUAAAUUGAUGUUGAGUCUGCUAUUUAAAGAAUACUAGGAGAAACUUAUACAAAAUGGGAUCAAUUAGAUGCAGCUAGAGAUGAUAUUACAAUUAUACUCAUAUAUGUAGAAAUUUGA